AUGGCUUCAAAAGUUGUAACAAUGGCUCGUCUGUUGGUCCCCAAGGUGCCUUUGCUAGUCUCAACAACCCUGGUCCACUACGCCUACGGUCCUGCAAAGCCCUCCUGGUCAUAUCGAUUCUCAGUCACCAUGGCCCUCAUGCGAGCAUUUGUCGCCCACCUGAACGAAGUCCCCGUCAGUCAAUCGCAAAUCAUGUCCAAGAUGACCGAUGAAAAAGCCCCUGUCAACGAAGGAGCCAUUGCCACCGAGGCUGUUGUCCUGAAGGAGUAUAGAGAAAAGGCUGCCGAUAUCAUGGAGCGACUCUUGAAUCUUCAAGGAAUCGAUUCGAUCAAACUUGGAUGGGACUGGAAAAAUGACCCUGCUGCUGCCGAGCCUCUAAUGGGAGAAUGGACUGAGACUAGAAUCAAGGGUGACAACUACAAGGACGGCCGCACCAUCCUCUAUCUUCACGGUGGAGGAUACUUUCUCGCAUCCAUUCGUACCCAUCGAUGGGCCACCUGGCACAUGUCCCGCCAAGCCGGCGCCAAGGUCUUUUCGCUAGAGUAUAGACUGGCACCGGACUCGCCGUUCCCAGCAGCUGUGCAGGAUGCAUUGUCGGCCUACUUAUACUUGCUCAACCCUCCAGCUGACUCUGGCAUUGCCCCUAUCGACCCCCAAAACAUUGUCAUCAUGGGCGACUCUGCCGGCGGAGGCGAGUUUCUGUCUUCCACUGUAUUUUCCCAAUUGCUUUAG